AUUGAUAGAAAUUUGAGAUUAAUUUUGUUAGAACAUACUGUACAUACAUUUGUACUCUUGUUUAAGGUAUUGUACUUACACAGGUUAUUUAACAAUGUAAUACAAAUUUUUAGUCCUUGAAAGUUAUUAUUACCAACCAUUUAUGAUAAUAAGGAAAUGCAGGUUAGUAGUUAGUCACCUAUUACAAUUAAACUUGUAGUCAUGUUAGGAAUGUUUUCAAGGUCAAACAGAGGUAUAUUUUUAGAAAGACAGGCCAUCUUCAAACACUUCAGAGAUCUACAGAAUAUGGUAUUUAAGAUGUUUUAAUAACAUAAGGUUCUUUUUUUUCUUUUUAUGACAAUGAGACAUGUCUGCUCCUGGCAGCACCAAUCUACUUCAGAGAAGAUGAUGGGCAUCGAAGAAACUCUAUGUGGAGUUUACUUUCUUUGUGGCAAGAGUUAGCCACUGGGCAAGAGACUGCUGACAGUAUGCUGUCCAAAUGGACAAGCAGGACACAAAAGAAAGGACUGCUGAACUUUGCCAAAACAAGCAUCUGUUAUAACUAAGAUCGACCUUGAACUCACUAUGUGGCUGAGGAUGACCUUGAACUCCUAAUCCUGCCUCCCCAUCACAUGUGCUGGGAUCACAGGCCUCUGCCACUACAUCCGGAAUAUACAGUGCUGGGCUAGGUAAGCAUUCUGCCAGCUGAGCCCGGUCCCCAGGUCAGUAGAGUUCUUUCCUCCUAUUGGCCAGCGGAGACCCCAGCCAUCACUUCCCUCCCCUUCACUUCCCUCUCUUGGCUGGUGCAGUGUGUGGGAUUCCCCAGUUUAGCCAUGUAUCGCCCUAUCCUGCUCUCAGAGGGUCAGCAUGUGUAGAGGUGUUUUCCAGAUGGUGCCUAGCCAUGAGGAUGGUCAGUGAAAAGGGAUGCAGACUUGCCAUGGGACUGUGGGCAUACACAGGUGCUUGUGAUUGGACACCAGGGGGUGCAAUGGAACUACCAAUUAAGAAGGACACAAGCCUCGGGUAACCCUGGACGUUGGCAGUAUGGGUGCUGGGGUCCGCAAUGUGUUCCCCACCAGGCCCCAAACUAAACCUAAGGAGGUCUUUCUGAUCAACCAUGAGAUAUCUGCUGAGGGUCUCCUGCAGGCGAAAGAAGUGGCCAGGGAGGAAGCAGCUGUGGCGACAACAGGAGCCCCUGGGGCAUCAGACAAAGAGGGGCCCUGGGGAAAGAGGACCCCACAGAUAGCAAAAUGUGUGUGUGAUGGCGGUGCCUGUACAGGCCCUGGUCUCCCCAAGGGCCAAAGUUGGAACGGCUGUCCCUCUUCGAGGAUCGUGGAUACUAGCAGGUGCACCCUCUGGUGGUGGCUUCAGGGAAUGCACCUCCUGGCUCAGUGCCUUGAGCUGACUAGGAGCCUGGUAUGGUAAAUGGACAGGGCAGGUGCUGGGCAGAGCAGAGCUAAGGGAGGCAGAGUGAGGUGUGAGUGGGAAGGAUGGGGACACAGCUGUGUGAGGGACAGAGUCACAUACAUAUAGGAGGUUGCAUGCAUUGUUCAACGGAACAGUUACCUCACCAGUAUUCCUAAGGCCAGCCCCUGGGCAGCCACCAGCCAGUUCCUAACACCGGGAUCACGUGACAGACUAGAAACCACCACGUGUUUCUUGUUUUCUGGCCUCUGUCACCUUUGUGUUGGUGUUCUCCAGGGUGCUGCAUGGUGGUGGUUUGUAGUGACCUUUUGUAUAAACCCAUAGCUCUCACUUUGGUGGUGGCAUUUAGGCGUUUCUGCUCUGAAGACGAUGAAAACUGUUCCUGGGGACUUUCCUACUCUCCUGGUGCCUGACAGGGUCCAUGAUGUUAUUGAACAGAGCUCAAUUUCCUCCUCUGUAAAAGGGAGACAGUUACACUCACCUGGCAGGAUGACCUGUGGAUUGUAGAACCUGCCUCCCCAGGUUUGUGGCUAUAAGUAGUAGCAGGCUGCCAGACCAGGAAAGACCCUCAGAGGCAUGGGCAAACUGGUCCCUGAGGGACGGAAGGUGAUUGCUGGUGCCCAGCCAGCUGGGGAUAGAGCAGGGAUUACAGUCAGACCCCCAGGCUAAGCCCAUGCCCUUUCUAGGACCAAGGGCCUGAGACAGCCACUGGUAAUUCCUUCUGUGUCCUCAUGCCACUGCUGACGCCUGUCCUCAGCGUGAUGGGGCCAGGGCCUGACUGCCGGCAUCAUCCCACCUGGUGUAACAUGGGAGGCAGGGCCAGGGGGAUUAGGAAUCUCCACGCACGUCACAUGCUGCCACGGGGAUAUGUGCUACAGCUGCUUUGCAGACAGGAGUCUUGGGUUCUCUGAGUUCCUGCACCUGGUGACAGCCCCCAGGUGACUAGCUCUGUGUUGGGGACACUUGGACUCCUUACAGUUCUGGUAAGUGGGCCCUCAUCCCCGACUCUUUGUACGUAUGUGUGUGCAUGUGUAAUGGAGGCCAGGGGUUGGUGUCACCCCUCAGCAACCAUCGACUUCAUUUUGGGGGGAUAGGAUUUCUCACUGUUCUGAGUUCACCAGGUAGGUUAGGCUGGCGAAGGGAGCCAGUGAGUCCCAGGGGUUUGCCCAGCCCUGUCUUGGCCAUGCUAGGUUUGCAGACACUGGGCGAUGGGCAUUGCACCUGGCUUUUCUUGGGUUUUGAGGAUUGUGCUUAGUUCCUCCCUCAGGCUUGGGCUAUCUCCACCACCCAUGUUAAAAAAAAAAAAAAGAAUUUUUAUUGCAUUUUAUUUAUUUUAUGUGCAUGUGUGGGUGUGCACAUGUGCAAGACAGAGAACUUGUAGGAGUUGGUUCUCUCCCUCUAUCAUAUGGGUCCCAGGGACCAAGCUCAGGUUCUCAGGCUUGGUGGCAAGUCCCUUUACCUGCCUAGCUGUCCCACCUUAACGCCAGCCCCUUUUGAAAGCAGAUGUAUGGAAGGCAUCCUCUAAGGACAACCAGUUUGUGGGAUGUUAUAGGAAAGAGGGUACCCACACGGGCAUGUUCUAUGAGCCUAAGCUGGUGGACAGUUUUCCUGCAUGCCCUCCAUACCUGACCCUCCCCACCUGGGACUCUGCAGUCUCAGACUCUUUAACCGUCUUAUCCCCCAUCUCCUGAGCUUGACGUAGUCUGACGUCAUCUGGGAAAACGUGGUGCUCAGGCUCACAUUAAUUAAAGAGAUUUUUCUCCUGGAUUAAAGCCUGGGGCAACCUAAAAAGCUCCUAGCCUGGGGAAGGAGAGACAGCUCAGAGAUUAAGAGCACAUGUCCCUCUCCCUGUGGUCUUAGUUCAGUUCCUGGCACCCACACUUGGCAGCUCACAAGCACCUGGAGCUCCAGCUCCACGCCCAAUGCCUCUGGCCUCUGUGGGCUCAUGCACACAUGUGCACACAUCCACACAGGCACCUUUCCUUUAAAAAACAAAAACUGAGAAAAUCUCCUGGCCAUGCUAUCUCAUCCACAAGACUAGACGUCUCCCUCUGGGUAAGACAAGCCGCAUGACUGGUGGUAUCAGGGGCCUGGGUGCCUUCCCACACCACAGAGUCAGUAGAUGAGGUUGGAGGUUCAUGCAUCCUUGCUCUACUGCACCUUUGGGCAACAGUGUUGGUGUGUCUACAAUCUACCAAGGCUCAGAUACCUGGAGGGCAGUGGAAUCUGUCUGGAGUUUUGGACAUCUGCUCUGAGGGACCUCUAGCUUUUUUUGUUUUUUAAUUUAUUUCUAUUUUAUGUACAUUGGUGUUUUGCCUGCAUGUAUGUCUGUGUGAGGGUGUCAGAUCUUGUAGUUACAGUUGUUAUGUGGGUGCUGGGAAUUGAACUGUGUCCUCUGUAAGAGUAGCCAGUGCUCUUAACUGUUGAGCCAUCUCUCCAGCUCGACCUUUAGCUCUUGAGUGAAAGUGAGGAGAUACACUACCAUUUCAAGUUCCUGGGAUUUGCCUGGAGGUCCAGGCUGGGGAUUUGCCUGGGGACUGGAUCUGUCGCCAGAGACGCCUGACUUGCAGUCUUCAAGAAGAAGGCCAGGCUCCCUCUCUUCUCUGACAGGUGCUAAGGGACCACUUCUGAAGCUGGAGAACCCCUGGGAGGGUUCAGCAGCCAGAUGCCCAUGUUGAGCAUCCACUCCCUGAAACCCGAGGCCCUGCGCCUGCCACCUGGGACCUCAGAGUUCCUGGGCUGCCAGCGGCGCCACACACUCCCUGCCAGCGAGUUCCGCUGCCUCACUCCCGAGGAUGCCAUCAGUGUGUUUGAGAUCGAGCGUGAAGCCUUUAUCUCUGUCUCGGGUACCUGUCCCCUCUACCUGGAUGAGAUCCGACACUUCCUAACCCUGUGUCCAGAGCUGUCAUUGGGCUGGUUCGAGGAGGGUCGCCUUGUGGCCUUCGUCAUCGGCUCACUUUGGGACAAGGAGAGACUUACUCAGGAAUCGCUGACGCUGCACAGGCCUGGAGGCCGCACGGCUCACCUGCAUGUCCUGGCAGUGCACCACACCUUCAGACAGCAGGGCAAGGGCUCUGUCCUGCUCUGGCGAUACCUGCACCACCUGGGGGGCCAGCCGGCUGUGCGGCGGGCUGUGCUCAUGUGCGAAGAUGCACUGGUGCCUUUCUACGAGAAAUUUGGCUUCCAGGCUGUGGGCCCGUGCGCCGUCACUGUGGGCUCCCUCACCUUCACAGAGCUCCAGUGUUCCUUACGGUGCCAUGCCUUCCUGCGCAGGAACAGUGGCUGUUGACCCAAGCCGCCCACUUGGCCGUGAAGAGGGUGGGAGCAGCAAGCAGGCUGGGGGCUCCUAACUCCCACGCCACACCCUUCUCUGCCUAGAGUCCAUCCAAGUAGAGCUGGCUAGCAUGAAGGAGCCAGCAGUUGCCAACUGGAGUGGAGAGGUAAGGGUCAAAAAGAGCACACGAGGUGGCUUCGCCCCAGCAUAGGCUGCCAUCUGUCCCCAGAGGACUUCUUGCAUUCUAAACUGUGCACAAAGCCAAGACCAGGAUGGGGAACCGGAGCAGCGGGAGGUCUGUCCCCACACUUCCUCCUCGACCCGCUGUCUCUGCGUCCCAGUGCGGUGCCCUGAUUCUGGGGGUCCUUGUUCUCCCAAGACUGACACCCCUUCCUGGCUCCUAACUGGGAAUGAGGGACACCCAGCAGCUGAAUUUGAGAAGGGCCUGGGACCAGGACCUGUGAAUAGUGGCGACCGUGGGGUUGGGAAGUGCUACAGGGCCGCACCCCACUGCACUUGGGCACCAGUGUGCCCGCUCACCUGCUUGCCCAGGUUCUGCUUCUGUCCUGGUUCCCACUCCAGCCCCACUAAUAAAGCACUUAUGUCUCCAGUGGCUGUGGGCCAUGGGUGUGUGCAGGGUCUCCUGAGUGAGCUGAUUGGAGAGCAAACCCCACCUGACCUCCCACCAAGUCGCCUCUGCCAAAACAGGCCGGUUCUGCAGAUGGUCAGCUCUCUUUCUGCCCCGGAGCAAAGGCAGAGCAGCUGGGGUUGAGAUCUCGGGUCUCUCCAUGCAACCCAGUCCUGUCAGGGUCCUCGGCAUCUCCCUGGCCAUCUCAGUCUGGUU